AUGUUACUAUUUCUAAUCAUCAUCAAUAUCUGUUUAAUUCAUGAAUCUGUACAUGAACGAAUAGAAGAAGAAGGUUUACGUUAUAUAGUUAGUUUAUCUGAACCAUUAGAAAGUACACUUAAAUGGGAUUAUAAUGAUAAUAAUGAAACAGAACUUAUUUUUCGAUGGAAUAUUACAUUAAUAAAUGGUUAUAAUGGUUUACUUGCAUUUUUAAAUCAUGAUUUAGAUACAUAUAGUUUAGAUGUAAUUAUAUAUGGUAAUGAUGAUCAAGUUUAUAAUGGGUAUACAGAUGAAGAAAGUUUAUUAUUUAUACCAAAGAAUGGUGUUGAAUUAAAAUAUCGCAUAGAAAAUAAAGAAAGUAUUGAAAAUGGGAAAAAAAAACAUAAGAUAACAAUACGAAUUAAACGACCAUUCGAUACAUGUGAUGAAGAACAAUGA